AUGCAAUGGGGCUUCAAAUUCCCUCGCGGACGGAUCCUCUCUCAUGAUUCGACCGCCCACCUCGUGUUGACAGCAAUUUUCGGAACCGAGCUGCCUUGGGACGAGAACGAUAUGGCCACCCUGAACAGAGAGGCCGGAGCCUGUCUCGUUCGCGUGUUCAAUACUCUUGUCGAUCGCGCUGACCUCUUCGGUACCCUUCGCGGCCAUCCCGCGUUCUACGCAACCGUGGCCACUGAACUCAACACCAGAGGCGAGCUUACCGGCGACGCUCUCAAAGCCCUCGACGAAGUCUACGUUCGCGCCCGUCGCAAUCGACAGGCUCAGACCAACAGCGAGAACAAUGUCACUGAUCUCGCCGCCGCAGUCGAUGCCUGGAUUGCGAUCAAGGACGCCUUCGCGGCUCUUCCGCCCCUGCAGACACUCUCUCUUACCGCCCGUCCCAACGAUAUGAGUGCUCUGACCGCCCAGCUCCAGGGCACCGACAUCGCCGAACCGGGACAAAACAUGCCCGCUUGGCCUCCCUCCCACUUCAGCCCUCACGAGAUCGCGCUCCUCGCCAAGCCAGACCUUCGAGCUGUCCUCUUCGGCAAGACCCCUCAGAAUCCCGGCGCAUCUCCCCCGCUUCCCGACAAGACCACCAUGCCCCUUGAGACCCGCGCCUUCCUCUGCUCGCUUGCUCUUGCGAAGAACGAGCCCAACAGCAAGUGGACUCUCGCUCUUGUCCCCAUCGGACACUUCAAGGACAAUAUGGAGCGCCGUCAAUGGUACAAUCCCUCUGGGGGCCAGUCUAGCAACUGUUUCACGGUUGAGAACUCUAUGAUUCAAGCCAUCAAUGCUUUCCGGGCUGGAAAGAACACCUACAUCGCUCUUGCGACUCCCUGGUUUGGUCGUACCUGGGGUGCCAUCCCUUCCGUCGACGAUGUACCUGGCGCCCAGAGCCAGCAGAGUUAUGGCGACGGAAUCGAACUCAUCAUUUUCGACCCUAUCGCCCGCUACCCCCACAUCAUGAACAACCCUCAGAUCAAGGCGAGCCUCUCCAGCCUCUUUAGCUUCCGUCAGUCUAUUCACGACAAUACAGAGGCGGCCAUCCAGAGAGCCGGAGGACGCCUGAUCCGUGGAUGGUAUGGCGGCAAGUUGGAAGCGCCUGCCAACGGAGCUGACAGUGUUCAGUUGGCGAGUGAGUGGAUUCGUCUGCUCGUUCUUGCCGAUGUCGGUCAGGGCCUAGACCCGUUGGCCGUUGACGAUGAGCAGUGGGCUCAGUGGGGCUUCGAGGAGGUGCAGAUGUGA